AUGCAGAUCUAUGGUGUACUCGAGAACCCAGGCUCUUCUGGUGCCCGCGGCGACCUGGCGACGACAAGAACUUUUGCCCAUUUCCUCCAGAAAUUUGAAAAGUCGGAAGGCUGCGAUCUGAAGCGCGUCUUGACUGCAUGUGCAUUUUUUCAAAGAACAGUGCAAUAUGCCGUGGACGAUGCCCAAAACGUGAUGCGUGCCCAGAACCUGGUUGGUAACAGCGGCGGCAACUCGCUCAACUUCUCGGCACUCCUUUUGAAAGUGGCAAACCUGGCAGCCCUCUUGGAUCCCAACCUUUACGACCGGAGACUUACGGCUUUGGCUUUGGUCAAGGCCAAGCUGGCAAUGACCCAACAGCGAAUUGGUCUUGAGGCUGACAGCAACUAUCUGGAGCUUUGCGGUGUUUGA